CAAAGAGGAAUGGUUUAUUGUGUCAUGUGGCAAUGGUGGGUUCACUUUAAAAAAGAGAAGCGUCAAGGAGAGAAUCCCAACAUGGUAGGGGGACAAUUCACUCAGAGGCCAAAGCCUGGGGGUGGGAAGAGGGAAGCUUGGCCCAAGCAGAGCUGCAUUUACAGUAUUUACAGUCAGGCUGCGGGGGUGGGGGCGGGGGCUGCGGGGGCCAGUCAGGGGCCUCCACUGCUGGCUUUGGGGGUCGCCUCAGGGUCUCUUCGGUGGCUGUGGCGGGUUUGUGCUGCAGGAAGCGAGCUGGGCUUGGCAGGAGCUGUUGGGAAGGGGGAGCGGUCCCCGCAAUUCUGCUUUGCUCUGCUGGACAGAGCCGCACCUCACCUCCCAGGGGCUGGGGCCCUUUGGAAUGUCUCUCUUGAGCUGCCUCAGGCUGGUCUGGCUGACAGCAGCUGCCCAAGCGAUGACCCGCUGGAGGAAACCCGGGGUGGCCCUUGUGCAUUCUCAACAGCAGGCAAAGGAUGGUCAGUGACAAUUGGAGUUUCUGAUGGACUUGACCCAGACCUCGCCUAUGACCAGAGGGAGUGGAGGAAGGGCCACACGAGCUGGGCAGAGAAGGUGGACACUGACCUUGGCUCUGGGGCUGGUGGCAGGCUGAGGGAGGUGACUCUCAGGGUGGCUGGUGGGGAGAGCCUGGGCACCGGCUAUGGCUGGAAGUGCUUACAGUCCACAGUUUCUGGUUGCGCUGACAGAGCAAGGAAGGUGCCCUUGUGCACCCUCAGGACUGGCGGGUGCCAUCCGCCAUCUCCCCGGAGCUCCUCGACUGCUCCUGUGUCUCUCCUUUGGUGGGUACCAGCCAGGGCCAUUUCUCCUCCAACUUGGUCUCUUUCUCUGGGACUCUUGCCCCUCAUUAAGGAGUCUUGGAGGACAGCCUGGCCUUCUCCAAGGCCAUCCUGUCUUUCAUGGUUCAUUAAAUCAGCCACACAGGGAGUGAGCUGCAAUGCUGGACUUGUGGUUAUUUUUCAUGUAAUAAAUAGAGAUUCCUUUGUGUGACUCUCUGGGGCCCCAGGCCGGCCCUCCUGUUCCUCGGUGGCUCCCACUGUCCCCAU